AUGAAUUCAUUGGAUAUUCAACAACAAUUAGCCGAUCAACGUCGUGGUCGAUAUGUACGUGUUAGUGAUGUUGACCGACGAUUACUAAUUGAUACUUAUAAGAAAGGAGAAGAUUUUAUAGCACUUGCAAAAAAACUGAAUAUCAAACGAUCAACAGCUCGAAGUAUACUUCGAACAUAUAUUGAUGAGGGUCGUGUAUCAGCAAAACAACGUGCUGGUACACGUCUUCGUUUUAUAACUGAAGAAGAAGCUGAAAUGAUACGAGAAAUGAAACGUCGUCAUCCAUUAAUAACAAUCGGUCAAAUACAAAUGCGUUUACAACGUACGUCAAAUCGUGUACUAAGUAAAGCAUCAAUAUCACGUAUAUUAACAAAUAGUAUUCGUUUGGGUAAACGUGCUAAACGUUCAGUUGAUGGUGAAGAUGAUCAAGAUGGAAUGAAUGAAACAAUGGGUAAUGGUAAUGAUGAACUUAUGCAAUUAUCAUCCGAUGAAAAUACAGGUGGAGCAAUAUUUAUCGAUGAUACAAAUGAUGAUGAAGAUGAUGAUGAUGGAAUGAUAGAAAAUAAUACAUCAUUAAAUAAUCUUGAUGAUUUUCAACGUUUUAUGCUACGUAAAACAAGUGUAAAUGGUGAUGAAUCAAUAGUGAAUGACAAUUUAGAACAAUAUGAUGAUAAUGGUUACCCUACAACAUAUCCACAAUAUGGUAGUGAAGAAGAUGAAGAUGAAUUAUCUGAUGAAAAUGAAACAACAACACCAGUUGAUCUACGAUCUGAAAUAACAUCGACACCAUCUGUAGUUAAUGGUAUUACACCUAUAUUAAAUGAAAAUGGUUGUUGGAAUUUAAGUACAAACUCAAUUAAAUCUGAACCUGUCUGUGUAUUUGUUAAUCGAAAUUAUGAUGAAAAUUCUUCGGAUAGUGAACAUCUUCAAGAACAACCAUUGACUAUUGAUGAAGAAACCAAUAAAAAUUCUAAUAACACUUUAUCAACAAUUUCAACUCCACAAUCAUCAGGUUAUCGACGUGGAAAAAUUUGUCCAAUUUGUAAUGAAAGAAAUUUUUCUCGUCUUUCUCAUCAUCUUGCUGUUACACAUAAUCUUGCUCGACAAGAAAUUUUAACAUUACUUGCAUAUACAGAUCAAAAUAAUAAUAAUAAUUCAUUAAUAGCAACUGUUAGUGGAAGUUCACCAACAAAUACACCAUCAAUUGCACUUGAUAAAAGUCCACAACAAACACCCAUUAGUAUUAAUACAAAUAAUCAACAAAUUACAUGUCCAUCAUCACCUAUCAAUGAAUUAGAUAAUAAUCAUCAAACAUCAUUAACAACAACAACAACAAGUUCAUCAACUAUUGAUCAACAAACAUCAAAUUAUUUACCUAUUGAUGGUAAAAAACGUUUAUUAUGUCCACGUUGUGAUACAUGGGUAUUAAAUUUAACUGAUCAUUUAAUAAAAAAACAUCAUUUAAUAUCUAAACAAGAACGUUUACCAUUUUUACGAUUAGCACGUAAUCGUUAUGCAACACCAUCUUCCACACCAAAUACGAUUACAAAUGGUAAUGAAGAAAAAACGACAACUAAUUCAUUUCUUAUUAGUCCAGAUCAUUCAUCACCAAGCACAAAUCAAUCAAAUGAACAACAACAACAACAAACGACUCUUCUUCAACAAGCAGCAAAUCGAAAAUAUCAAAAUAUUGUAAAAAAAUAUCGUAAAAAACUCUUAGGUACAAUACAACAACCAUCAAAUCUUUCAGCAACAUCAUCACUUUCAAAUUCUCAUACACCAAAUAAUUCAAUAGACAAAUCUUCUCCACUUUCAUCAUACGAUCAUUCAAAUCUUCCAUUACCAGCACAUGAAUUAACAUCAACAACAGCAGCUGCAAAUCAUAAUCUAUUGACAAUGAACAGUAUUCAAUCAUUACUAAAUAAUGGUACAAAUAAUCAAUGUAAACAAGAAAAAUUUAAAUUUCCAACACUUAAUGAAAAUUUUUCAACACGUACUUUUUCGGCUAUUAAAACAUCUGGAAAUAAUAACAACAAUAUAAAAGAUCAACAACAGUUAUCAACUCAUCAAAAAUUUGAACAACGUUUAACUGUAUUUCGUCAACAAUUUGCCGUUACAUUAGCAAUGCAAAAUUCUUUAAUGCAACAAAUGGAAUUAUUACAACGAAGUUUUGUUUGUAUUGAGGAUGAAUGGAAUGAUAUGAAAAAACAAAUUGUUUCAUAA